AUGGUCAUGGAGUUCUAUGAUUUAAUGGUCCUUAUAUGGGGUGGAGCCCCAUCCACUGAGCCUCUUUCGUUUGGUGCUCAAUCUGCUGGUCAAGCAGAAGAAAGUCAAGAACAAGGUGUUGAUAUAUCUGGUAAUUCUGGUUUGGGAAAUGAAGAAAAUGAAUAUAUUCUGACGAUUCCCUAACUAGUUCUCUUGGUAAUAACGUGGAUAGUACCAGUAGUGCAAGCAAUGAAGCAACUACCCGUAAACGCCCAGCUUCAAACCCAGUUCCAAUGCUUAUAGACAAUAAACGAAAACAUAUGGAACGACAGUUAUCAGUAGCACAAAGAGAUAAGCUACUCAUGCAAGAAAGUAAAGAAGAGAAAGAAUUUCGCAAAGAUUUAUCAAGUUCUUUAAAAGAGUCUAAUAAUAUAUUUGCUGAGUCUAUGAAGGCCAUGAAUGCCUCUAUGAUGGCAAUUGCCUCAUCAAUGCAAAGAUCAUUUGAACAUAGUGCAGCACCACAGUAUAUUAAUCAUAUGGCCCCUCCCAUAUUUCGAGCCAUAUUCAGCCCAUGGUGA